AGAAUCACAAAUGGCGCAGGAGCAUUCCCGGACGGAAGCCCCUUCGUUCUUACUUUCCGUAAAACACAUUGGUGGACCCCAGAUUGGCGGGAAUUGAAAACUAGACGUAAUUCAAAGUCUCGUUUAGCAGCAGAGCCGUACUUUCGCACGCUGCAGGCAAAAUUGGAGAAACUUAAUGAAAAGCAAAAGGGUAGGCUAACGCUAAAAAAGAACAUAUGUUUCGCUGAGACGGGAUCUAAGUUCGUCGGCGAGCAAUUACGAGCACGAGGGCACGAUCCACUUUCACGUGGAGCAGAUGAAGCGUUUGGGAGGGCUUUGCUGGCAACGUUUCAACAAGAAUUGAC